GCUUGGACUGUUGCAUAGCGGAGGCCAAGAAAAGUUUCCAAGAGAAGUCCCUUCGUCCACUGUCCACAAAAUCACCCAUUUAAGAAACGUUUUCACAGUUUGUGGUUAAAAAUAGAACUCACUGCAUUUCCUGGUUAUCUUGUGGGAUGGUGAUGGGUAUCCGUGAGGUUCUAUGGGGAGCUACUCGCGUACUUGAGUGGCAAUCAACAAGUGGCAUUCAUUCAAUACAUAAACGUUGCAGCAUUUUCUCGCGUGGAGUAUCAUAUUAUAGAACUUCAGCAGAUAUUGUUAAAGAUCGACCUAUUCUAGUUAGGGAGUUUAUUCACUCUGCAUUAUAUGAUCCUCAAUUCGGGUAUUUUGCUACAAGACCCGGUGUAGUCGGAGUAAUAGAAAAUUCUAUUCAAUUCAAUACAUUAGAAGGGAGGAAUGCAUAUAUGCAAUACUUAGAUUCUCUGUACAAGAAGAGCGAUACGGCUUGGUUUACUCCUGUUGAAAUAUUUAAGCCAUGGUACGGCUACAGUAUUGCAGAAGCUAUAUUACGCACAGCCAAUUUAUCAGUUCCACUAAAGAUAUACGAAAUUGGUGGGGGUUCUGGAACCUGUGCAAAGUGUAUAUUAGACUACAUGAUGCUGCAUGCACCAGCAAAGGUGUACAAUAAUAUGACUUACACGUCUGUAGAGAUUAGUCCAGCUUUGGCUAGCAAGCAAGUUGAAAGAAUUGCUGAAGUGAGCAGUCAUUUGAAACGAUUUAAUGUUGAAUGUCGAAAUGCAACUGACAAAAGUGGAUGGGGUAAUGUAAAUGAACAGCCGUGCUGGGUUAUAAUGCUUGAGGUUCUUGAUAACCUUCCACAUGAUGUUGUCUAUUGUGAAAAUCAAAGUUCUAGCUGGAUGGAGGUUUUAGUUGAGAGGAAAAAGCAUGAGUCUUCCAUAUCAGAGAUUUACCGACCCCUGCAAGAUCCACUAAUAAAGAAGUGCAUUAACAUUAUUGAGAACAAGGAAACUGAUGUUGGCUGGGGUGCCAGAGCAUUUUCAGCUGCAAGAAGCAUAAUGUCAAAAGUUGUUCCAAAGUCCCGAAGGGCUUGGGUUCCAACAGGUUGCCUGCAACUACUAGAGGUUUUGCACAGAGUAGUACCAAAGAUGUCUUUAAUUGCAUCAGAUUUCAGCUAUCUUCCAGAUGUAAGAAUACCUGGUGUGAGGGCACCUCUUGUAUCAAGCAAGAAAGGUGGUUGCACUGAAGAUUACAGUUCUUAUCUUGAAGCUAAGGGAGAUGCAGACAUAUUUUUUCCAACAGAUUUUUUCAUCCUUGAACUCAUUGAUCAUUACUGUGCAGAAGCUGGCAGUCAGUUAAAGGGUGAAAAAAAUCUGAAACCCAUAAAGAAAAGACGGUCAACAAUACUAGACAUGGCUGGUUUUAUGGAAGAGUUCGGUCUUCCCUCCAAGACAAGUACAAAAGAUGGCUACAAUCCUCUCUUAGAAGAUUUUCAGAAUACUAAAAUUUACUUGAGCGUGCCCACUCAUAAUUUCAUAUCCCAAAAGAAGCAGCACUUAUAAAUUGAACUAAAGACGCAUAAAGGCAUUUCCUAAGGCGAAGGCAUUUUUUGAACAGAUGGAAGAGCAAGAUGAAGCCAAAUAUAAUUCCUAACAAGCAAAUUGUUUCAGGCUUUGUAUUGUGUUGUAUAUCCUAUUAGUCAGUAUUCUAAAUGAAUUUGAGAUGAAAAGAUGGAAUAUGUGUUGCCAUGGCCUCCUUUAUUGGAUGUGCACUUUUUGCACUUCAGAGCUUACAUUGUUCCAUUUGCAAAGAAUUUUCUAUGGGAAACACAAAAUUUGAAAUUUUGAUCUU